ACCUGGCGCUGGAGCGAGCCAUGUUCUCCUGCGUGCUCCGGCCCCUGAGGUCCCACCUGGAGAAGGCCCUGGUGGCGUUGCACAACCAGGACGGCUCCAGCCAGCGCCUCGCCCAGAACCUGCUCCGUCUGAAAGGGGACGCGGCCAUGGAGCGGCUCGGCGUGCGGACGGGCGUCCCGGACGGACGCGGGGUGGAGAGGGUGAAGCAGAAGCUGGCGCUCAUGCAGCGGACGCACUCGCCCAUCGACAAAGUCCUGCUGCUGCUGCAGGUGUGCAAGUGCGUCCACAAGGCCAUGGGCUCCCUGCACGGACAGGAAGUGAGCUGGGACGACUUCCUGCCGUCGCUGUCGUAUGUGAUGGUGGAGUGUAACCAGCCUCACAUUCUGAUGGAGGUGGAGUACAUGAUGGAGCUGCUGGAGCCGUCCUGGCUCGGAGGAGAGGGUGGUUACUACCUGACCAGUGUGUUCUCCAGCCUGUGUCUGAUCCAGAGCCUGGAUCGGGAGCAGCCGGUGUCGGGCUGCCUGACGCCGGAGGCCCAGGAGGCGCUGAAGGAGUGGAGCUGCAGACGGAGCCGGGAGGCCCAGAGACAAAAGGAGAGCCAGCAGAGCCAG